GUUUGGAGAGCGAGGUUGGUGGUGUCCGGUGCUGCUCUCAUGGUCACUGACUGUCUUGAAAAUUUUAACAGGCAUCACAUUAUUCGAACCUUUAGAGAAAGAAAAAGAUGAAACCAGUGGCUGGAUAACAAACGCAGUAUCCAAUAACAAAUCAAUAGUAUCCAAUAACAAAUCAAGUUCAGAUCAUUCCUGCAACAAACUCAACACUGAAGAAAUAGAGCAAACAAAAACUUCAAGCUCAGGGCAGUUUUCUCAAGUUGAUUCAGAAGAAAACUUGGCAGCUAAAAACCAACCAACUGAGAAUCCUCCAUUACAAGACACUAUGAAGGGAGAAGUUGCAACAGCUCAUAUGCCUAUCAUUUCUGAGACUCGUCCUAUGAUUCACAUCCCUGCUGGGGUUGUCAGUGAAUUCAUGAACUCUGAGUCAUCUCUACCUCCAGUUAUAAACUCGUCAAAGAGUUCAAUUUCCGUGCUUAAAACAAUGGAUUUCAAUUUAUCCAGCUUAAAUGGCAUCACUAGUUCGAAGACAAUGGCAGCAAAAACAGCAAGCCCUUUAGUGAAAGCUGUGAAGGAUGUUGAAGAUAAAAAGAAUGAAGCUGCAUCGACCAAUGGAGAAUUAUCUCUGGAUCCAUUAAUAGGCUCUAUUCCUCCUGAUUCAAGACCAGCUAAACCUGCAAGUCCAGCUGCCUUGUGUAAUAUCCCCAAUGCUACUCAAUUGACUGCUGAUACUGUUUCUCCUAUAGAGAAAGCUAAAGACCUUCCUCAUUUGUCUGCACCCAAUAAUUUGCUGAAAAGUUCUAGCUUGCAGUCCACUUCUGAUCACAUGGAAGAACUUGCUUGUGUCGAGAAAGAUUCAGUAACCGAAGAUUCUUUAUUGCUCACUAAUUUACCUUUCACAGUAGCUACACCGGUAGUUCUUGCUGAUCUUCCAGAUCUUCCAGAAUCUACAGACAUCACAGAACUUUCACCAUUGAAGCCUAGUGGAGUUUCCACAUCUAAUUCUGCUGCAACUUCUAACAACUUGGAUGUGCUACUGGAUGUUGGAGAAGGAACUUGUGACAUGUUAGAUAGCACCAGGUCUGGAAAGAAAACUCCGAAAAGAGUGCUGUCUUCGGAAGAUGAGGGACUCGUCAAGAAACGACGACUAUCUCCUAAUGUUGAGACACUGGAUGCACACAAGAAAGAAGAUGAAGCUAUGGUAAAUAAAGAAGUUGAGAAAUUAAAAAUGGCCACUUCUAAACUACGGAAGCUCAAGAGGAAGGAUUUAGAGAACAUGAUAGUAGAUUUGUUUAUGAAUAAAAUUCUACACAGCCAUGAAAUUGGUAAAUACAAGAGCCUCUGCGAGAAGCUGGAGUUUACCCUGGAAGCCAACCGCAAGAAGACAGCUCAGUUUCAUAAGGAGCUGGAGGACCUGCGUAAAGUCACCAAAAAAUUACAAGAAGAGCAUAAUGCUCGCAAGGAAUUUCUGGUCACGCCCAUCAAAAUUAAACGAUCUGUUGGCAUUCAGGCUGCACCACACAUUAUACAGAAGGGCAUCGCCGCCGCCUGUGGCGAUUGGGGCAAAAGUGGCCCGCGGAUGUCUGCAGGAGGCUCGAUGCUCAGUCAGAGUAACGGUCACUCAUCUCUGCAGUCCGCGAUGACGGCGAGCGCUAAUGCAGGAGCGAAUCAGGGAGCGGUGAUGCGCACGUCGAUGAGUGGCGUGCGGUUGGGCCCUUACAUCCCCGGCGCCCCUAGCGAGCGGCGGUCUCUGGGCACAUCCGUGACCAGCGCAGGCAGUAAAGGCAGUGCCGUCAUUGACCUCACUGACGAAGAAGAAACUCGUGCCCCGGCCCUGGCUAAUUCGGUGACCAAGACUACCCAGGUUGUCAAAGCCUCGACUUCGGUAGGCAGCGCCUUCGUUACUAUGCCGGCUUCUGCCGGAGCCCAGUACGUCUUCGUCCCAACGUCUGCCAACGCCUCUGGGACCACCGUUGUCGUAUCAGCUAAUAUGGGGAGCAAUUCCGUCGGGGGCGCCAACAAUACGUCGCCUCGUUUCCUACUGCCUGGCAUUACUUCGGGUGCCGCGCCGAAGCCAGCGGUGCCUGUAGCAUCACAACAACAAUCACCGCAUCCUGCUCAGCUGCCGAGGACUGCACCACAGCAAGUGGUUGGUGGGGCGAAGCAGCUACCACCUCAGCCAACAUUGAAGCUCAGCCACAAAGAAAAUAGCAUAGUUUUAUCGUGGACAAUGGCUAAAAGCACCGAGCACGAGAGCAUCGCGUCAUACCAAUUGUUCGCCUACCAAGAGAGCAACCAGCCGCCAUCUCCGAACUUGUGGAAAAAAGUGGGCUCCGUCAAGGCUUUGGAACUUCCCAUGGCCUGCACUCUAACACAAUUCAUGCCUGGUCAUCGCUAUCAUUUCGCCGUUCGGGCCGUCGAUGCUAAGAAUAGGCUCGGUCCUUUUUCUGAUCCUCGCAGCAUCAGACUGGAGAAAUAGAGCAUCAUCGCACUUUUUUCGCUUUUAUAAUAGUAUUGUGUAUAUAAUUAGAAGUUUUACUGUAAGGCAAAACUCUUGGACCACCGUCCAUGUCUCUGGUGAGCACUGGUGUACCUCUUUUCUAUAAGUUCAUAUAAAAAAAUAUUCGUAUUUACUAUGUACAACUAACGUCGUUGAUAAAUUGACAGUUGGGACAAAAUCUGCUUGAUGUAGUUGAGGAGGGUUUUGAGGCAGCUCUGUUGCUACAGCUCCUAGAUAUAAAUAUGUACGAAUUCAAUUAUUAUGACGAGUGUGUUGAAGCUGUCCAAAUUUACAAUAAGUGUGCUUUUUAUAAUGUUCUUAAGUUAUUAGAUCGUCCAAUACAUGAUUAUCUCAGCUCUCAGGUUAUUAUUAUCUUCGUGAAGAUAGUUGGUAAUCUCAAUUCGUUGUGACCUAUGGUUUGUGGGAUCGGCGUCUCGGUCUUCAUCGGGCUGAGCGUAGAGUUAUUCGUACUUAUUUCUUGCAUUAGUAGUGACUAGCGGACUCGCUCGACUACCUAAUUAUGCUUAAACUAAAUAUGAACCUAAAUCAUCUCACCUUAGCUCAUUCAAUGACAAUUAUUAUCCUCGGCCUUUCCUUAUAUUAUUCACUUAAAUAAUAUUUUGUACGUUUUUACCAUCGAGUCCAUCAGAUCAAGUCGUUUAAUUUCUCGGUGUAAAUAUCGUUUGUAAAUAUAUCAUCUUAAUUGUACAUUUAGUAUUAGAACUGUUGUUUUUGUGCGAGAUUAAGGAAACAUUAAUUAAGGUGCCAUGCUUUCUCUUCGAAUGAGCAGAGACGGAGUGCUUGGUAGAUCUUUUCGUGUGCCUCCCUCUCCUUCAUUAGCACUGCCACGUAUGGUUAUUAAAUUAGCGUAGUUAUUAUUUAUUUAUUAAUAACGGCAGAGAAUAGAUUCUGGUGGUUUUUUUUUUCGGGUUUUUGGCAUCAUUCUUGUAGAAUGGUGGCGUUAUUAACUUACCCCUUCCUUUCUCAUACAUCACUGGAUAUUUUCCUUUACAUUUGAUUGGUGAAGUUAUCGGUACAGGUAUAUUUAAGCUAAGGAGCAGUUUGACUUGUGUGUGAUCGAAAUCAGUAAACUGUUGAAUUUGUA